AUCUUCCUAUGGUCGUCGUCGUCGUCGUCGUCGGAGACGUCCUCGAGUCCCCCUCCCCUCCCCUCCCCCCCGGCCCCGCCGAAGAGGAGCAGCGCAGCCGCGAUGGACCGCGUCCAGCUCGUGCUCCUCGGCCUCCCCAUCCUCCUCUUCUGCUCCGACGUCGUUACCCUCUUCGCGCCUCUCCCGCCGCCGGGCCCCGGGCCCGACAGGGGCCCCCACGCUUUUCAGCCCGGCGCCGAAUCCUCCUCCGCCGCCGACGCUUCCGCACAUGUGGAGCCACAGGUGGACGGAACUGGCUCCGGCACCACCGUCGACUUCAAGUUCUGCGCCUCCUGCUCGUACAGGGGAACUGCAAUGACCAUGAAACGGAUGCUGGAAACCUCCUUUCCUGGGAUCCAUGUUGUCUUGGAAAAUUAUCCUCCGCCGUUCCCCAAACGCGCUCUCAGUAAAGCUGUACCCCUUCUUCAGUUCGGCGCGAUGGCAACAUUAAUGGCCGGUGAUCAGAUCUUCCCCAGGUUUGGAAUGGUCCCGCCUCCUUGGUACUACUCACUCCGCGCUAAUAGAUUUGGGACCAUGGCGUCAAUCUGGCUGUUUGGCAAUUUCGCCCAUUCAUUUCUACAGAGUUCUGGUGCCUUUGAAGUUUAUUGCAACGGGCAACUGGUUUUCUCCAAACUGUCUGAGCAGAGGUUUCCUAGUGAACUUGAGCUACAGGAGCUCAUUGGCAGUAGGAUACCGGAUUCUCAGAUUGUAGAAAAUCUGGAAAAAGAUCUGGUCCUAGAAAAAGAUCUGGUCUUAGAUGAUGUUGAUGCCGAUGAUGCCAUGAGAGACUAGCUUCGCCUGUUUGUUUGUUACUAAAUAGACAGAACUUGAGAGUUUCACAACUUAAUUGUCAAAAACAUAUUGCCUUAUAAUUUGCACUUUAUUUUCCUCAAUUAUGUACAUAUUUAUACCAUAGUUAUGUAAUAUCUAUUGAAGUCGUCAAGUCAGAACUUUCACAGAUUGCAAUAGCUCAUUAAAAAGGG